CGUCCACGUUCAAAUAUGUUAUAAACAUCUACUUCGUCAACUUCUAUACCCAAAACACGUUCUUAUUUUUGCCGCUUAAUUAUAGCCUCCAACUCGUUUCUCUCAUUAUAUAUAUAUAUUCUCCCUUUUCCUCCUAGCAAAAUCUCUUCUGAUGAAGAAGUUGUGUCCAAAUUUGGAUCGAGAAGAUGGAUUGGACACGGUGCUCGAAGUGCCGGUCCCCGACGAGGAGUCGACGUUCGCGUCGCACAGCAAAAGUGCAGAAAACAGCCCCCGACUCAGCUGGGGAAACGUGAUGAAGGGGUGGAUGCGGUCGCACCGCGACCGCAGUACUGCACCGUCAUCGGUGCUUGGCCGAGCGGCUGAGCUUCACCUCAUGCUUGGCGUCGUCGGCGCCGCCCCACUCGCGCCCGUACCCGUCGAGGACCGGGAAUCGGUCCGGAUGAUCACCCGCAGCAUCAAACAAGACCCAAUUGAGGUUUUGAGGGCGAAGUACAUAGUGAAGCAGUACGCGGCGGCGGUGGCGGUGGGAGGGGAAAAAGCGAUAGGCGGGGUGAGCAGCAUGUACGCGAUGGGGAAGGUGCAGUUGCUGAUGAGCGUGACCAAAUCGGCAUCGGGGAGACGGAGACGUAGAGCGCAUCAGGUGGGCGGGUUCGUGCUGUGGCAGAGGAGCCCAGAAGUGUGGUGCCUAGAGCUGGUGGUGGCCGGCUGCAAGCUUUCUGCCGGGUGCGACGGCCGCGUCGCGUGGCGCCAGGCCCCCUGGCAGUACCCCGGCGCCUCCCGAGGCCCACCGCGACCGCUCCGCCGCUCCCUCCAGGGUCUAGAUCCGUGGUCCACGGCGAGCCUCUUCUCCAACGCCGUGUGGACCGGGGAGAAGACCACCAAUGGCGAGGCGUGCUUCGUGCUGCGCCUCGACGCCGACGACGCCACGUGUCGCGGGCUGAGCAGCGCCAACGCGGAGGUGGUGCGCCACACCCUGUGGGGCCACUUCAGCCAGAGGACCGGGCUCCUCGUCCAAUUGGAGGACGCCCACCUCCUCCGGGUCAUAGACCCGGUCCACGGCCGCGCCGUCUACUGGGAGACCAACACCGAGUCCACCAUCGGGGACUACCGCCCCGUCGACGGGGUCCACGUGGCGCACGCCGGGCGCACGGCGGCGUCGCUGGUGCGGUCCCGCGCGGGGCGCGGCGGUCACGUGCGUCGCGCGAGGUCGCACGUGGAGGAGGCGUGGACCAUCGAGGAGGUGGGCUUUAAUGUUCAUGGCUUGUCCAUGGAUUGCUUUUUGGCCCCUUCGGAUCUCAGAGAAGAGAGAAAGGCCCGAGGCGACGUGGCCCGUAAGGAUGGCCGUACACGUGGCGGGGAUCGCGCCGUCUCAGCCGUUCGAUUCGGGCCGUCACAGGUCGCUGCGGUCGAUAGCGACGAUUCUGAUUCGACUGCGGACGAAGAUGAACGGCUGUGAUCUUUUUUUUUUUUUUUUUUUUUUUUUUUAACUUAAUGGGUUGUUGUUGUGUAAAUAUAUUGUGAACGACGACGCUACGUUUGUAGCACCUGCGGAAAAUAUCCCCGAAGCGGCGAGUUAGAAAACUGUCGGAGCUAGGUCGAACUCGAUCAAUUGAUCGAGCCCGAAACGGAGAUAAAAUUGCGAAGAACGACCCCAUUUGGCCAACGUAUCGCUUAAUAAGCACAAAAACAGUAAAAGCUGCUUUAGAAAUUACAGAGCAACCCUCUGAUCUUCCAAGAUUACAAUCGGCCGGGCUUUUGCCUCUGUCCGCCACCAAUAAUAAGGCAUUGAUCGGACCUGGAUUACGUAACACUUCUUGGGCCACUUAAUAUAGUGGCCCAGUUCUAGACAAUCAUUUUCCUGUUAUUAGAAAGAGUAGGAUAAGUUUUUAUCAGACGCUGUUGUUUUGACGAGAAAGGCUUCUAAUUCUUAAUAAUAUAUA